AUGGCGGCACUGCCGUUGUGCGACCGGAGAGCAGAGCCCCUGGGGAGGCCGGGGUCUGCGGCGGGAGCCCAGCGCAUCGCCCCGCUCGCGCGGGGGCGAAUUCGCUCUCGAUUCGGCGUUGGCUUCGAGACGCCAGGGUCGCACCCGCCCGCGGGACUGAGGCUGGCCGGUUUUGCGGGAGAGCCUCCGUUGGCGUCGUUCCAGCCUGGCACUUGGCGACGUCGCUGGAGAAACUCCCGCCAGCGUCACGCCGGCGAGGCACGGUUCAGCUCCGCGGGCGCAGGGCGCGUGGGAGGCGUGAUCGGCUCCCGGCUUGAUGAACCGAGGGCGUUUGUCAGUGUCUCCUCGUUAAACUUCGGACGGCUGAGCGGCGUUCGCAGUAAGAGUAAUCAUGGUGGAGAAGUUUUCCUGCAGACAGUAGCGAAGACAUUCGGUCGAGACAAUGUGUUAAAUUUGGCUUUUUCCUUUGAAAGUCCCAGGCGCAGGUUUGCAUCCUCUUGUGACUGGGCUCUUUAUCCUUCUGAACCUUUCUUCCAACUUGUGAAGUUACGGAAACUUGGACUUAGUGAUAAUGAAAUCCAGCGGCUCCCUCCAGAAAUAGCGAAUUUCAUGCAGCUGGUGGAGCUUGAUUUGUCUCGAAAUGAUAUUCCUGAAAUACCAGAAAGCAUCUCAUUCUGCAGAGCACUACAGGUAGCAGAUUUCAGUGGGAAUCCACUGACUAGGUUGCCUGAAAGCUUUCCUGAAUUACAGAAUCUAACGUGUCUUUCGGUAAAUGACAUCUCUCUGCAAGCACUACCUGAAAACAUUGGGAAUCUUUAUAACCUGGCUUCACUGGAACUUAGAGAAAAUUUGCUGACAUAUUUACCUGAAUCUCUUGCCCAGCUGCAGCGACUAGAAGAACUUGAUUUAGGAAACAAUGAACUUUAUCACUUGCCAGAAACAAUUGGUGCACUUUUCAAUCUUAAAGACCUCUGGUUGGAUGGAAACCAAUUAGCUGAAAUACCUCAGGAAGUAGGAAACCUGAAAAACCUGCUCUGUCUGGAUGUUUCUGAAAAUAAAUUGGAAUGCCUUCCUGAAGAAAUUAGUGGUCUGACUUCUUUAACAGACUUGCUUGUUUCUCAGAAUUUACUUCAGAUCUUACCUGAUGGCAUUGGAAAAUUGAGGAAGCUCUCCAUUUUGAAGGUUGAUCAGAACAAACUUAUUCAACUAACAGAUUCAAUUGGAGACUGUGAAAGCCUUACUGAACUAGUUCUAACAGAAAACCAACUGCAGUCAUUGCCGAAGAGCAUCGGAAAACUAAAGAAGCUGAACAAUUUGAAUGCCGAUAGAAACAAAUUAACAUCUUUGCCCAAAGAGAUUGGGGGGUGCUGUGGUCUUAACGUCUUUUCUGUACGUGACAACAGAUUAUCUCGAAUUCCUUCUGAAAUUUCACAAGCCACUGAACUUCAUGUCUUGGAUGUUGCUGGAAACAGGCUGACGUAUCUUCCCCUCUCGCUGACUACCUUAAAGCUGAAGGCUCUGUGGUUGUCUGAUAACCAAUCCCAACCUUUGCUGACGUUUCAGACUGACACAGACCCUGAAACAGGAGAAAAGAUUUUAACAUGUGUAUUACUUCCUCAAAUGCCUUCUGAGCCUGGUUGCCAAGAUAACCUACCACGAUGUGGCGCACUGGAGAGCUUGGUAAAUGAAAUGUCGGAUGAAACAUGGAAUGAGCGGGCAGUGAAUAGAGUCAGUGCAAUUCGCUUCUUAGAAGAUGAAAAAGAUGAAGAGGAUAACGAAAUGAGAACACUUCUAAGGCGAGCCACUCCACACCCUGGAGAAUUAAAGAACAUGAAAAAGACAGUGGAGAAUUUACGGAAUGAUAUGAAUGCUGCUAAAGGACUGGAUUCAAACAAAAACGAGGUCAAUAAUGCCAUUGACAGAGUGACCACUUCUGUGUAGAGUUUCAUCUCC